AUGGACACAAUGACCAAAAGCCGGUUCUUCCGCCUGUGGCUGGUCUUGGGGUCCGUCUUCAUGAUCCUCCUGAUCAUCGUGUACUGGGACAACAUGGGCACCGCCCACUUGUACCUGCACACUUCCCUCUCCAGGCCUCACAUCCUGCAGCCCUUCCCCAGCCCCAAGCCAGGGGACGGCAAGUAUUUCACCGCCAGCAUUGAGGAGAUUUUGGAGAAGCUCCUCAGUGCUCAUGCGAAGCAGAACAUCCUUCUGGGUAGAAAGGUGGAGCAGCCCUCCCUGCUGGCCUCCAGCAAGCCUGUGCUCAGCAACAUGGAAGAGAGUGUGAGGGGCUACGACUGGUCCAGCCACGACGCCCAGCAGAGCCUGGACCCAGACAGGCGGCAGGCCGAACGGAGGAGCGUGCUGAGGGGGUUCUGCGCCAACUCCAGCUUUGUGUUCCCCGCCAAGGAGCGCUCUUUCGAUGACAUUCCCAACUAUGAGCUGAACCACCUCAUCGUGGACGACCGCCACGGGGUCAUCUACUGCUAUGUGCCCAAGGUGGCCUGCACCAACUGGAAGCGUGUGAUGAUCGUCCUGAGCCAGAGCCUCUCGGACCAGGGCACGCCCUACCGUGACCCCCUGGACAUCCCCCGGGAAUACGUCCACAACUCCAGCACCCACCUGACUUUCAACAAGUUUUGGCGCCGCUACGGGAAGUUCUCCCGCCACCUCAUGAAGGUCAAGCUGAAAAAGUACACCAAGUUCCUGUUCGUGCGGGACCCCUUCGUCCGCCUCAUCUCAGCCUUCCGCAGCAAGUUCGAGCUGGAGAACGAAGAAUUCUACCAGAAGUUCGCCAUCCCCAUGCUGAAGAUGUACUCCAACCACACCAGCCUGCCCAAGUCGGUCAGCGAGGCCUUCAGUGCAGGCCUCAGGGUGUCCUUCGCCAACUUCAUCCAGUACCUGCUGGACCCUCACACCGAGAAGCUGGCGCCCUUCAACGAGCACUGGAGGCAGGUGCACCGCCUCUGCCACCCCUGCCAGAUAGACUACGACUUUGUGGGGAAACUGGAGACCCUGGACCAGGAUGCCACCCAGCUGCUCCGGCUUCUCAAGGUGGACAAGCUGCUCCAGUUCCCCCCGAGUUACCGGAACAGAACUGCCAGCAGCUGGGAGGAAGGCUGGUUUGCCAAAAUUCCCCUGGCCUGGAGGCAGCAGCUUUACAAACUCUACGAAGCAGAUUUUGUCCUCUUUGGCUACCCCAAGCCUGAAAAUCUACUUAGAGACUGA